GGGGUGAAUCAUCCCGGCCGACGCCGAGCGCCGCGGCCGCCCCGCGCCGCGCCGAAACAUGGCUGAAGCGGGCACGGGCUUCCUGGAGCAGCUCAAGUCCUGCAUAGUUUGGUCGUGGACCUAUCUCUGGACCGUGUGGUUCUUCGUCGUGCUCUUCCUCGUCUACGUCUUGCGGGUGCCCUUGAAAAUCAACGACAAUCUGAGCACAGUGAGCAUGUUUUUGAACACAUUAACACCGAAGUUCUACGUGGCCCUGACAGGCACUUCCUCACUAAUAUCAGGGCUUAUUUUGAUAUUUGAGUGGUGGUACUUUCGCAAGUAUGGGACAUCCUUCAUUGAACAAGUCUCAGUGAGCCACUUGCGCCCCCUCCUGGGAGGGGUUGACAACAACUCCUCCAACAAUUCCAACUCUAGUAAUGGGGACUCAGAUGCCAACAGACAGAGUGUCUCAGAAUGCAAAGUAUGGCGAAAUCCCCUAAAUUUAUUUCGAGGAGCAGAAUAUAAUCGGUAUACUUGGGUGACAGGACGAGAGCCCCUAACUUACUAUGACAUGAAUCUCUCUGCCCAGGACCAUCAAACAUUCUUUACUUGUGACUCAGACCAUCUGCGCCCAGCAGACGCAAUAAUGCAGAAAGCCUGGAGAGAAAGAAAUCCCCAAGCUAGGAUUUCUGCAGCUCACGAGGCCUUAGAGAUAAAUGAAAUUAGGUCCAGAGUUGAAGUUCCCCUAAUUGCUUCCUCUACCAUCUGGGAGAUAAAAUUGUUACCAAAGUGUGCCACUGCUUAUAUUCUCUUGGCUGAGGAGGAAGCCACAACCAUUGCUGAAGCAGAAAAGCUGUUUAAGCAGGCCCUGAAGGCUGGAGAUGGCUGUUAUCGGCGCUCUCAGCAGCUGCAGCAUCAUGGAUCCCAGUAUGAAGCCCAACACAGACGAGACACCAAUGUCUUGGUCUACAUCAAAAGAAGGCUAGCAAUGUGUGCCAGAAGACUCGGGCGGACAAGGGAAGCAGUGAAAAUGAUGAGAGAUUUGAUGAAGGAGUUUCCCCUUCUGAGCAUGUUCAAUAUCCAUGAAAACCUUUUAGAAGCCCUUCUGGAACUACAAGCAUAUGCUGAUGUUCAGGCAGUCUUAGCAAAGUAUGAUGAUAUAAGUUUACCAAAGUCGGCAACAAUAUGCUACACAGCUGCCUUGCUCAAAGCAAGAGCUGUCUCUGACAAAUUCUCUCCCGAGGCUGCAUCUCGGCGGGGGCUGAGCACAGCAGAGAUGAAUGCGGUUGAGGCCAUUCAUAGAGCUGUGGAAUUCAAUCCUCACGUGCCAAAAUAUCUACUAGAAAUGAAAAGCUUAAUCCUCCCCCCAGAACAUAUCCUGAAGAGAGGGGACAGUGAAGCAAUAGCAUACGCGUUCUUUCAUCUGGCACACUGGAAGCGGGUGGAAGGGGCUUUGAAUCUUUUGCAUUGUACGUGGGAAGGCACUUUCCGGAUGAUCCCAUAUCCCUUGGAAAAGGGUCAUCUUUUUUAUCCUUACCCCAUCUGCACAGAAACAGCAGACCGAGAGCUGCUUCCAUCUUUCCACGAGGUCUCAGUUUACCCAAAGAAGGAACUUCCCUUCUUUAUUCUCUUUACUGCUGGACUGUGUUCCUUCACAGCGAUGCUGGCCCUCCUGACACACCAGUUCCCAGAACUUAUGGGGGUCUUCGCGAAAGCUUUUCUUAGCACUUUGUUUGCUCCCUUAAACUUUGUCAUGGAUAAAGUGGAAAGCAUACUACCAUCCAGUUUGUGGCACCAGCUGACACGGAUCUAGGGAAGCUGUGCGUCCUUCCGUUCACAUCACCCAGUGGACUGCCACCGCCUCUUCCGUGCCAAUGCCUCAUGGAUGCAAGAAAGCAUGACUUUGAAAAAGGGAAGCCAUUCCGAGGUUUUGAAAUGUUCAUGGACAGUCUGUUCCAUAUUAAAAGCUGUUUUUGUUGUACAAAAUCCAUUACUGUUCAGUUCUAUUAUAUUUUGCCUUCAGAAAAGACAAAAAAAAAUCAAAAAUAAACUUUUGUGUAUUGCA